GUUUGAGGUGUCAUGUCACGCUUUCCGAAACACGGAACCGAAAGGCCGCCUGCCUGAGUGCGCGUCCACAGCCAAACACGGGAUUGGUACUCAGCUGUUUGUUUGUUUUUUUUAGUUUCGGUAAUCUCCAUCUUCAUAAGUCAUGUUUGGGGGCGGUUCUAAUCGCCUGUGGCAAAGUGCAAUCAAAGUCUUUAAAAGGCUUUGUGAGGACCCGCCCCCUCCUCUUUCCACUGAACGCCAAUGAUGAUGAUGAUGAUGAUGAUGUUGGUGUUGGUGUGCCGUCGCCUGACUGAAACACGGUGGAAAAUCGACUUUACAGUCUGCAGGUGUAUUUAACCUCUGAGUUUCACAAUGUGUUCAAUUCCUGGGCUUCCAACGGCAGGAUCAGAAGUAUCUGUCCUCAUCACGAGAGUUAACCUAAACCCCAGUUGGGGUCUCAUGGAAUUAUGGGUCAACAUGGAUGAUGAAAGGAAGCAUAUUUAUGAACAGAUGAGAGAGGACAUUCAGAUUCCUAAAAGGAAGUUUUGUGGAUCAGAAGGAAAACCGGGUGAACUCUGUCUGGUCUGCAUCAGUGACACCUGGCACCGAGCUCGGAUUGUAUCCAUUCAAAAUGACACUUACGAUGUUUUUCUAAUCGACCAGGGACGGCCCCAUAUUGCCACAAUGGAAGCUUUAGCAUAUGGCGAGUGUCAGAGUUUUCUCCUUCCUCCUGAAACUGAAUCAUGCAUACUCGCAAAUGUCCUCUUCAGUGAGAAGAACUGGCCUGAAAGAGCCACAAAGUUUUUGAAGACGCUGCCUGACAAGAAGUUUAAGGGAUUGGUUCAACAUGUCCUGAUGCCACACAGGAUCAUUCUUCUCGACUUACCAAUUCUCUCAAAGCACAUGUGUAAGUGUGGAGUUGCAAAGAAGAUACCAGUGGACGAGUUUAAGUGCCUUGUACUGAAAUGUCUUCCUUUAGCAAAAUCAGAGGAAUCUGAAGCCAACCGCAUAACGCAAGACCACAGUCUCAGCGUUAGUUGCCAACUUGAGAAACAUGACCAAUAUUUUUACCCAGAACUGUUAACUAACACUUUGGAAACUGUUACUGUGACUGAGGUAUCUAAUCCACAGAAUUUCUUUUGCAAACUCCUAAUUUUUUCCAAGGCACUGAAGAUAUUAUCGGAACAGAUCCAACAGUACUAUGAAGAGAGCUCAGACUUGGGAGAGGCACAACCACAGACCUGUGGGGAUCCAUGUGCUGCUAAGGGCUUAAAUGGCAGAUGGUAUCGUUCGUUACUAAAGCAAAACAUGACCAGCGAUGGUGCUGUUGAAGUCUUUCAUGUGGAUGAAGGAAAGACUGAAUUAGUCCCAGUUGGAGACAUCAAACCACUGCACGGAAAAUUCCUGAGAAUGCCAGUUGUUACAUAUCCCUGUUCUCUUGAUGGUGUAAAAGAUGAGGGGACUGGUUGGACUACAGACCAGACUGGUUACUUGAAAUCCCUGCUCCUGCACCAGACUGUCGUUGUGAGGUUAGACCACCACAAUAUAUCUCAAGGUUUCUACUCUGUCACUCUCUAUGCAGAUAAUGGUGCAUGCAUAAACACUUGUUUUAUAGAGAAGACUGAACAAGAUUCAAAUGUCCAAAAUGAACCCAUUUGCUCAUCAUUUCUUGGAGAUGAUGUAAAUGUUGUUGGGUUACUGGAAGAAGUUUUGCUCAGUACCAUUACUAACUCAAAACAUCCAAACUGUCUAGUACAGUGCAAAGGGCGUCUUUCAACAGGUUUCCCCUCUGAGAUGCAAGAUGCUCAUGAUGACCAUGCGUUUACUGUAGGAAGUUGUGUCAAUGUAAACAUAUCCUGCAUUGAAAGCCUACAGAAGUUCUGGUGUCAGACAACAGAAAACGCGGACUCCCUUAGACUUCUUAUGCAAGAUCUGCAAAAACACUGUGCGUUUGCCCACUCGCAGCCACUUGUUGAGUCUGUCUACGUCGCACGCAAUCCAGACAAUGACAUGUGGUACAGAGCAAGGAUCAUUUCAAGUCAAAACUCCCCUGUAGUGGAUGUGAGAUUUAUAGACUAUGGUCAGACGCGAAAGGUCCCUCUGCGAGAUGUUCACCCCAUUGAUCCAGCUUUCUUGCAGCUGAAUGCACAGGCUUUUCAGUGUUGCUUGUCCAGUCUGAAGAAUAAUCCUACUGCCACCGCUGUGAAUGACUCUGCGUUAACAGAGUUUUGGAAGUUUGCGGAUUCAGGUGCUUCAUCAGAUGUUGGCUUGAAAUGCACUGUAAAAGCUGUAAUGACGGAUGAAGAAGGUAUGUUGGUGAACAUGGUAGAUAUUGAAACACCAUCUGACAGCGCAUGUGCACAAACUGAAGCUCACUCACAAAUUCCUCCACAGGUCCCAUCAGAUGCAUACAGUUACUCCACAUACGAUAUUGAGGUGGGAGCAAAAGAAAAAGUGUGGAUAACCUCUUCAGAGAAUGUCAAUCACUUCUGCUGCCAACUGGACAGGAAUUCGCAUUUAUUUGACAAAGUGAUGGAAGAUGUUCAACAACUCAUUGGCCAGCCACAGUGCACAGAUCAACCACUCGGACUUAAUAGCAUGUGCCUUGCCAGGUACACUGAUAAUCAGUGGUAUAGAGGUCAAGUAGUAGAAAUGUCUCCGAAACUUGCAGUGCAGUAUGUUGACUAUGGUAGUACCCUUGAAGUGGAUGAGUCUGAUGUUUGCGCCAUCCCCACUGAGGCAAGUAUCACUACAACUGUUCCUGUGCAGGCUGUUCCACUUGGCCUGUUUGAUGUCCCUGAAGAAGUGCCACAGGAAGUCAACCAGUGGUUUUCAGAUCAUGCUAUUGACCAUAAUUUUACCAUAUCAGUGAAGGAAAAAGGAGCAGAAGGGAAGCUAAUUGUUGAACUCUUUGAUGGAUCUCUGAAUAUAAAUCUGAAAGUUCGAGAACGGAUAUCACAGAUGACACAACAAAAAAAGACUGGUCUCAUUCGGCCGGCUAAGCAGCUCUCUAACAGCUCAGAACACGGUAACAUGCCAAAUGAGGACUGUUUAACGCAAGAGCUCACAAACGUGUCCGGAUUAACUAAGAUGACAGAACAAAAUAAAGUCGACAGCAAUGGAGUGUGUGCUCGAGAUGACCUUCAGAUGAGGUCACAACCCAACAGUAAUGUCUCUGCACCAGAAAUGAAACAUGAAAAGAUUUUGGAUGUCAUUCUUGAGGAAACAGAAACUGUGUUGGCAGAGACUUCCAUACAAGGUGGCCACAGUGACUCAGAAAUGACGCAACAUUCCUUUCAUUCUAGCUCCAAGGAAAACAUAAAAACUUGCAUGUACAAGAGUCCAAACAUUUCUCUAAACAAGACAGAAGAGGCAUAUGCUUCCUGUAUUGUUGGACCACAUUACUUCUGGUGUCAGUACACCGACACUGAAGACCUUGACAUAGUGUUGAGGUUUGCUCAGGACAUGGGACAAGCACAGCAGGACAUGCUGAUCCCCAAGACAUUGGAUCCUGGUAGUCCAUGUCUUGCUCUUUUUCCCAGUGACAACCAGUGGUAUCGUGCUCAGGUAAUUCAGAGAACUGAUAAUGUACUCCGUGUUGUGUUUAUUGACUAUGGAAAUGAAUCCGAUGUUGACUCCAAGAAUGUGAGACCACUACCUCAAAGUCUGCUGGAUAAGGCUCCUCAGGCCUUUUUGUGCUCUUUGAAUGGAUUUGAUGAGUCCAGGGGCUCCUGGGAUGACAGUGUUUAUGAUGACUUCUACAAUCUCUUGGUUGAUAAACCACUCAAAGUAACAGUGUUUAAUAUGGAAGACCACUCGGAGAUCACGGUUGCUCAGUAUUCGGUGGAAGUUGAGUGUGAGGGAGUGAUUGUAAACACAGCAAUGCAGAAAUACUGGAAACCUGUUUCUAAGGAAGGUGUUUUGAGAGAAAGCCCUCAAAUAGAAACUGUCUUCCAAGAUGGUCAAACUGAGUCCUCCAUGAGACACCUCAAUGUUUCCAAAGGAAAUAUGAAUACGGGCAUGUACAAGGAACCAAAUAUUUCCAAAAACAAGACAGAGUUGGUAUAUGCCUCUUGUAUUGCAGAACCCCAUUUCUUCUGGUGUCAGUACGCCGAUACAGAGGAGCUGGACAAAGUAGCUAGGCUUGCUCAGGAAGCAGGACAGGUGCAGCACAAGGCAGAGUUUCCCAAAUCUCUUGGUCCUGGCACUCCAUGCCUUGCUCUGUUUUCCAGUGAUAAGCAGUGGUAUCGAGCUCAAGUGAUUCACAGAGUUGAUGAUGUAUUCCAUGUUGUGUUUAUUGACUAUGGAAAUGAGUCUGAUGUUGACAUCAAGGAUGUGAGACCAGUCCCUCAGAGUCUGCUGGAGAAGGCUCCUCGGGCCUUUUUAUGCUCUUUGAAUGGAUUUGAUAAGACCUUGGGCUUCUGGGAUGAUGACACUUAUGAUGACUUCUACAAUCUUCUGGUUGAUAAGCCACUCACGUUGACGGUGCUCAACAUGGAUGACCAUUCAGAGAUUGCAGUUCCUCAAUAUGCUGUGCAAAUAGAGUGCGAGGGAGUGGUUGUGAAUAAACUGAUGGAGAAAUACUGGAAAGUACAAGACACGGACCAUUCCUUGGCAAAGAGUGUGGGAUCAGCUGUGGACCCAGAUAAAUGACCACGUUGAAAAUCCAGUUGUGACAGAGCAACCCUGACUCUUGUGAAUGUGCAGUUCAUGUUUGUUUUGUAUGAAAUUUUACCAGCUCUAAUUCUACUCAAUGAAAUGAAAUGAAACCUGUCGUGGGGUUAGUUUUGGUCAAUAAACAUGCUGUACUUGCAUAGCUGAA